AUGAAGACAUACUCGCUAAAAGACACUCGGGGCCUGCUGGUUGCCGCCCUCUUUGCCGUAGCCCAACUUUCAGCAGGACAUUCCUGGCCCGAAGAAACGCAGCGUAUCGCACCAAACGGCACCUUCGUCGGCUCUCUCGGCUACCCCAGGAAGUGGAUUUUUGAUGACAAGAAUAAAGACCAGCGCAAUGAGUACCAAGUCAACGCUCAGGGGAUCCAGGUAGAGCUCGCUCCCAUUGUCAAACAGGAAAAGCUAGCCUUCACUCCUGAAACUUACAGUCCAGGAUUUAUGCCAAUGCUAAACGCUGCUCCCGGAGACUGGGUGGCCAUCAAAUAUAACGAAAACGGUCACGUUUCGCUACCAGAGACUCUUACGGACAAGAUUAAGCCCAUCAACCGUGGUACGAUUUACCUUUACGGAACGAACAUCAACGACCUAACCGAUGUCAAGUUCGGUGACGUUCACGGAAAAUGGACACCUGAUGGCACUGGCGGCAAUAAGAAGGGGAGACUCUUGGCUACCAGGCACUAUGACGAUGGUCAAUGUUAUGAGUUUUACAACGACGUGACCAGAGACCCAGAAGGCAUCAAGGGGUUUCGCAACACCACUUUCCCCGUACCCGCACAAGGACCGUCAUCAAAACUGAUGUGCCAGUCAGAUAUCAAGCUCCCGGAUGAUAUCCCCAUCGGACAAGUGUACACGAUCCUCUGGGUCUGGGACUGGCCACUUAUGAAAGAACGUGGUGUUGCUGUCGCCCCUCCUACUUUCCCCACUGACCCUAGUGUCAGUACUGUGGAGAUCUACACCGGAAUUGUCGAUAUCAAAAUCGUGGACCACUGCGACGCAAGCCUUGGUGAAGUUAAAGGUCCGGGAUGUUCCAAGGGAGGUGGCAAGGAUUUGGUUCAGUUUGAGCCCAAUACGAACUGGACCCAAGUUGCUAUCAGAAAGCAAAUGGAGAAUCUUUUCAUGGUAAAAAUGCCAGAUUCGGGCAAGCCAAUGAAAGAUGGCGUCAACUAUAACUCAUCUGACAUCCCUUUUUUCGACUUGGUUGGGGUGCAAGAUGUUCCUUUUCCCCUUCCAAAGGAGUGGAUGAUCAAGGCCUUGAACCGACACAACGAAGGCGGACCUGCAGGAGCCACUGCUACUGCUCCUUCUGCAACACAGCCCGCAAGCUCUCACACUGGUGGAGGGCUUGUUGGCGCCUCAUCUUCCACUGCUCCCGCCCCGACAUCUUCUGCAACUCAAACCGGAGGCCCUCCUGCCGGCGGUGGAAUCUUCCUCACCUCCGCCGCUCCUGCUCCGGCAACAUCUGCGCCUGCCUUAUCUGCGUCUCAAGCAUCAACCUCGGCUCCUACUUCGAUACUAGCCACUGCAUCUCAGGUAUUCAGUGUGUCCGCACCGGCUAGCAUCAACAAGCCAACUGGAGGAAGCGGCCAAAAUCUUGUCGCCGGAAAUACCAAAUUUGUGAUUGUCACGCAGACCAUCUCCAUGCCCGCGACCACCGUCUACAUAACUGAGACCACAACGACUACUGCCGCGACUGCGACCAUCUACGAGACCGCGCACAACCAGACUACGAGCGCUCCCAAGUUCCGUCGCGGAAAAGGCCAAUGGGGCUUUGUCAGUAGGAAUUGA